CUCUAUGUCAAUGCCAGUCAGUCGGUGUUUUGAAACAGUGUCGGUUGUGUGUUAUUGUGUGAUCGAAUUAUUAUAAUAUUUUCGAGUGUUUUUUUAAGUUCACGAUGUCGGAUGAAAUCGUCGAGAAUGGAACAGCAAACGGAGACGUGCCGGAGAUCGAGCUGAUCAUAAAGGCGUCGACAAUCGAUGGGCGGCGGAAAGGAGCGUGCCUCUUCUGUCAAGAGUACUUCAUGGACCUCUACCUACUAGCAGAGCUCAAGACUAUCAGUUUAAAAGUUACGACAGUGGACAUGCAGAAGCCGCCGCCGGACUUCCGUACCAACUUCGAGGCGACGCACCCUCCCAUACUGAUCGACAACGGCCUCGCCAUCCUCGAGAACGAGAAGAUCGAGCGCCACAUCAUGAAGUCUGUGCCCGGCGGACAUAAUUUAUUCGUACAGGACAAAGAAGUGGCGUCACUGAUCGAGAACCUGUACUCCAAGCUGAAGCUGGUGCUGGUGCGUAAGGAUGAGCAGAAGUCCGCUGCAUUGCGUGCUCACCUCGGCCGUAUUGAUGCACUGCUCGAACGCCGCGCCACCAGAUUCCUAACAGGCGAUACGAUGUGCUGUUUCGAUUGUGAACUGAUGCCGCGUCUGCAGCACAUCCGCGUCGCCGGAAAGUACUUCGUCGAUUUCGAGAUACCGACGAGUUUCCGCGCAUUGUGGCGUUACAUGUACCACAUGUACCAGCUGGACGCGUUUACGCAGAGCUGCCCCGCCGACCAGGACAUCAUCAACCACUACAAGCUGCAGCAGUUGUCGACAAAAGGUUUGCUCAUGUCGCCGAAGCCGACACGACAAAGGAUCGAAGAUGACCCGGCACUUAAAAUGAAGAAACAUGAAGAACUGGAGACGCCGACUUUUACUACGUCAAUUCCGAUCGACGUCAACGAUUUGAGCGCCACAGAGUAAUGACAGCCGGUGUUGCCACACCGUGGACUUAAAACCUUGUACAAUAGACAUUAAGCGGUACAUGCUUCGUACACAUGCAGUCAUGACCAUACGUCCCACAUGUCAUGUCGAUUGACGUUAUUAGGGUUGCGAAAAAUAUUUAUAGCAAUAUCGAUUUUAUAUCGACUUUUUAACAAAAUUUCAGAUAUCUUUAAUAUAUGGAAAUAUCAUAUUUUGUUUAUUUUUGUUUUAAAAAUGGUUUACCACCAUUGUAAUAAUUAUUUUCAAGGUUUAUAUCUAAGUACUAUUUUACUCUAUUGUUAUAGAAAUUCAUAUGGAUGUUUGAUACUGAAAGGUAAUUGCUUUGGCUGUUUUUUUUAUAAUAUCGAUAUUUUCCAACCCUAGAAAUAAAGAUGUGCCAGGGAUUGUUUUUCCAAAAUAAAAUUUGUAAUUUGUGAUAUUCCUUAGACCCUCUAUCCCUUGGCCGUCUACAAAUUUAAUUCUAUUUUUGUAAGAAAAUCAAAAAGUUUUUAGUUAUUCAGUACAUGUUACAGUUUGAGUGGAUGCGGUAUAAUCGAAAUUAAUUAAUUUAUGUUUAAAUGUGGUGAUUGUUACUUAGCUAUCCUAAUCAGGAUGUUAACUGGAAGAUAAAUGAUCCUAAAUCAAGCCGUAUUUUCGUUAAUCAAGUGGGAAGUAUGUAUGGCGAUUAUUUUUUGUUAAAAAGUUGAUUGAUUAAAAAUUAUAUAACUUUUUACAUACAAUUAAAAUGUGGCAGAGGUGCUAAAAAAGUUAAUUUAUGUCUUUUUGGAAUCCGAACAUUUUAGUUUUCAUAACCUAAAAACUUCAUGUAGUAUUUAAUGCAUUUUGUAAAAGAUUCAUUGUUCAAAAACAACGAAUUCACCAGGCAUUUUGUAUUAUAUUCACAAUAGUUUUAGAUUUAAGAUCGGUUUUACAGUAUUUAAUGUUAUUUCCGAGUUUAUUUAAAUGUUUUAGGUUAGAAAUUUUACCGCCAUUGUGUUAUUCUGCCUCUGCCUGUUCAUGCGCCAAAUCAGAUUAAAAAAUAUAUUUUUUGAAAAUUACAGUGAGCGCUCUUGCCUGCCUCAUAGUUACCUUUUUAAAGGUACAUUUUAGGUACUUAUAUCUCCUUUAUUUAUCUUAAACUUAUUUUACUUUAUUAAAAAUGCUUGACGUCCGACUUAUUUGACACUGUUAAAAAAACUAUAAUAUUAUUCAUUUUGCUAGCUUUAUAAUAUUAAACUGUUUUUAGGAAAAAAAUUGUUCCCUUUCUUACGAAAUCUUGUGAUUUUUUAAAUUUCCUUGUUAAUUUUAUAUCGCGUUGUAGAUUGGCGUGGACCAUUUUUAUUUCUGGUAACAUUAUUAUUUUUAUUUUUUAAAGUUCAGGCAAUGACCUGACACAUAAUAGUACACAGCGAGAGACGAUGAACAUGUCAUUUGACAUAUAUCGAUUGUAUAAAAUAUUAAUGCUUUAUAAUUAUGUAAAGUUAUGCCAUUAUCAUAUCAUUUACACGAUUAUAUAGCGUUAUUAGAUUAUAAUUUAAAUGUUAAGAAAUAAACCUGGAUAAAUAUUAUUUUUUUAUU